UGACCAAGAGCAUUAUCUUGUUAUUAGUGCUACACAAACUGGAACCGGUGUGUGUUGUAAGCAUAUCUUCGGCCUUGUAACAGUGACAAUAUUUAUAUCAUUACAUUCCCUUCUCUUUAUUUUUCUAUAGCUUUCAUUAAUUUUCUUAUCUGCUACAUCAUAUUACAGCUUUUAGGUGGAUUGGUAGAACUGUAUUACAGAUAAGACAAUGUCUAAUGAGGUAUAUUUCGUUGGCGUUGACGUGGGAUCCGGCAGCGUUCGCGCUGCCCUUGUUGAUGAUAGAGGUCAUGUUCUAAGGACCUCUGUCAAGGAGUUACAGACUUGGAAACCCAAAGUCAACUAUUAUGAACAAUCUUCGAAUGACGUCUGGAAUUGCUGCAUUUAUGUUAUCAAGAACGUCGUAACUAAUAUCAAUCCUGCACUUGUCAAAGGUAUUGGGUUUGAUGCAACUUGUUCAUUGGUGGCAUUGGAUAAAAAUUGCAAUCCAAUAGCAGUUAGCAAUUCCAAUAACAAUGAACAAAACAUCAUCAUGUGGAUGGACCACCGAGCUCAAACAGAAGCAGACUUUAUAAACAAGACUGACCACGAAAUACUGAAAUAUGUAGGAGGCAAAGUCAGUUUGGAAAUGGAAAUUCCAAAGCUGUUAUGGCUCAAGAAACAUCUUGCCAACAAGUGGUCAGAUUUCGGGUUGUUCUUUGAUUUACCUGAUUUUCUAACUUGGAAGGCGACUGGGUCAUUGAGUCGGUCUCUCUGUUCCCUUGUUUGUAAAUGGAACUAUGAAUGCUCAGUUGAUGGCAAAAGAGGAUGGAACACAAGUUAUCUUCAAGAGAUUGGCUUGGAGGAUUUAGCUGAAAAUAAUUUUAAGAAAAUUGGUAAUGAGGUUUUGAUGCCAGGGGAGAGAUGUGGUGGUCUUACUAAAGAAAUUGCUAAUGUACUUGGUCUAAUACCAAACACACCUGUUGCUACCUCUAUAAUUGAUGCUCAUGCUGGAGGAUUGGGUAUGAUUGGCACAGCUGGUGAAGGAAUAAGCACAGACAUGUCCAGCCGCUUGGGACUGAUUUGUGGUACAUCAACAUGCCACAUGGCUGUUAAUAAUUCACCAGUAUUAGUACAAGGUGUAUGGGGACCAUACUUUAGUGCUAUGGUUCCAAACAUGUGGUUAAAUGAAGCUGGUCAGAGUGCUUCGGGAAUGCUUUUGGACCACAUAAUAUCUAACCAUCCAGCUGGUAUUGAACUGUUAAAACAACAUAACACUGGAGAUGUACGUAUCCAUCUCAGGGACAUCCUGUUGAAAAUGGCCAAUUCUCAAGGUCUGCCUGACCUCAGUUUAUUAACCAAAGACCUUCAUAUAUGGCCAGAUUUUCACGGCAAUAGAUCACCUAUAGCUGAUCCUGCCAUGAGAGGAAUGGUUGUUGGCUUAUCCUUGGACAAAAGUGAAGAAAGCUUAGCUUUACUUUAUCUUGCCACUUUACAAGGGCUUUCUUAUGGAACAAGGCACAUAAUAGAUGCUUUAGUGAUGGCUGGCUACGAACCAUUCAAGUCUCUUUUAAUUUGUGGUGGUAUUACAAAGGAUCCUCUUUUUGUACAAAUACAAGCUGAUGCUGUUGGGUUACCUAUCCUAAGGCCACAUGAGAAAGAUUCUGUAUUAGUUGGGGCAGCUAUAUUAGGAGCAAAUGCUUCACAGCAUUUUAAUAACAUUCAGGAUGCAAUACAUAACAUGGGUGGUACAGCUGAUGUUAUCCGACCGAAUACAAAUGUCAAAACAUUUCAUGAUAAGAAAUAUAGGGUGUUCUUGAGAAUGUUUCAGGAUCAGUUAAAAUACAGGGCAGUAAUGCAGUGACCAAUUUCACAAUGUAGUUAAUAAGGGGCCAAAUUAUGGUUUGAUAAAUAUAUUAUAGGCCAAUAUUAUGCCAAUGUUAUACCAUAGAAUUAUAGGUAAUAGAUUUCCAUUUUUUUAAAUUAUGAUAAGACUAUAAAACUUUUUAUAUAAUGUUACUUUUCAUAACAAAGGAAUAUGUAUAUAGUUGGGUAUUUAUGUAAUAUUCUAUUACUUUAUCUGUGAUCUAUGUUGAAAUGUGGUUGAUAUAAGUUCUUUAUUAUAUGGAAAUAAUAAUUAUAUGAAUAUAUUUUAUUGAAA